ACAAAGACGAAAACCGAAGGCUCGUCCAUCCCCACCAAAUCCAAAAAAAGCCUUCUUGUCCACGUUCGAACCCCGGAUCGGUGUCCCCUGUCGGAUCCUCAUCCUUCAUCCUCCAUCUCCUUCACCUACUCAUGCCCGUAUGAAUCGUGGGUUUCAAUCGUCAGCCCCAUAUUCGCACUCGCACGAGCGAACUGACUGCACUGCCGGAACUUGUGUUGAAGGGGCAAUGGAGUGCGAGGGGAUGCGUUUUUGGACUUUUAGUGGGCUGGUGGCUGCAUUUCUUGAUCUCGCCAUCGCGUAUUCUCUGCUUUGCGCAGCUGCUUUCGGUUAUUUCGCCUCCAAGUUUUUGGGGGUUUUCGGGUUGUGUUUGCCCUGUCCGUGCGAUGGGCUUUUUGGGCAUCCAAAUAGUGGUCGCUGUGUUAGGAAGGUUUUGGUGGAGCAACCGUCGGACAAAAUAUAUUUCGUGCAAAAGUCUGUGAAGAACAACUUCCCUUUCGAUACAGUAUUGAUCAAUGACAGGGCUUAUGAGAUGAUUUUGGAGCCAGAGGAACAGGGGAUUUGUGAAAAUGGCCAUGUGCAAUUGGAAGGUGAAGCAUCAUGUAGCUCAUAUGCAGAAAGGGGAGAACGAGAUAUAGGUGUCGAGGGGUCAAUUGCAAAAAAUGAAUCUGAUGCUGCGUCCCGUGCAGAGGACUCACUGUUGGGGGAAGAAGGAAGAUUUGACUUUAAGGGAAAGGGAGCUUUGAGCCAGAGGACAAAGGGUCUUCGGAGGCGUCUAAAAGGGUCAGUUGAAUAUGGGAAGUUUUCAUCAGUCUCUUCAUAUGAUCCAUGGCAAGCGGAUGGGCAAGAUGUGCCUUCUCCUUCAAGCAUGAGAAAAUUCAGAGAGGAGUCUCCCGAAGAGAGCUUGUUCUGCGUAGAGUCCCGAAUUAACUGUGUAGAAGUUUCAGAUAAAAGGGAUGGUUUAAUGGACUCUGCUCUGCGUGAUUCUGAGAAUACUGCUAAUUUAACUGAUGACAUGGAGAAAAAUUCAUUAGCUUUUAAAGAAUUUGGAGCUAAUGGCAAUCGACAGUCUGAUUUUGGAGCCAGCAAUAAGGAUACAGUUAGAGCCAUGGAGCAAAUGCUAGAAGAAGAGCGCUCUGCUCGCCACACUUUGUACCUUGAGCUUGAGAAAGAAAGAAAUGCAGCUGCUACAGCUGCAGACGAAGCCAUGGCUAUGAUACUGCGUCUUCAAGCAGAUAAGGCAUCAAUCCAAAUGGAAGCUCGGCAGUACCAGAGAAUGAUAGAGGAAAAAUCUGCUUAUGAUGCUGAGGAAAUGAACAUUCUCAAAGAGAUAUUGUUGAGGAGGGAAAGGGAAAGGCAUUUCUUGGAGAAGGAAGUAGAAUCUUACAGGCAAAUGAUAUUUGCAAAUGAGCAGUUGGACGAUGAUCUGAAUGAAUCAGUAGCUCCUGGGGCAACAAGAACAUCGAUUUCAAAUGAAGAUCCAGAGCUGAUGCUGUGGCGCAUUCGUGAGUCUCUUAUCAAGAAGGAGAAACCUGAAGCAAAAAAUGAUCCAGGCUUUCAGGUCCAUUUCGUCCACUUCAGAAUUGUGCUGUUGAUUUUGACAGAGAAUUACAAAUUCCAGAGUGGCUUGAGGAUGAUAAGUCUUGAAAAGGUAGUGUUAUCCAUAGACAAUAAUUUAUCUGCCCUUCAAGGAGAUUUGCCAAACCAAAAUAAGCAGUUCUCUUCCCAGGGAUUUGAUUUCAUUGAGGAGACCAAUGAGAAGGAAAAUGAGCUCCUAAUUGUCAACUCAAGCCCGUCUAAAGGUUUAGUGUCAGAUAUCAAUGAGACUCUUAUUAGGGGGGGCCAUGUGAACCUUCCAUUUGUUGGUGGGGAUAUGGAAACUGAUGAGAGAUAUGCAGGGGUAAAACCAACUAAAAAUGAUCCAUCAAAUAUUCCGACAAGUUCUGAGCAUCUGGUCCUGGAAAAUCGGAGUACUGGCAUAGACAUGAACAGAAGCAGUUCUGAUGUGCCAAUAGUUGGCUUACAGGGGCAAGCCUUGCCCUCUUAUUUGCGUAGAAAUUCCAUGUCUGCUGUCGAUUAUGAGAGGAUAAAAAUUGACAAUGAAGUUGGGUGGCUUAGGGAGCGGCUUAAGAUUGUACAAGAGGGAAGAGAAAAGCUCAAUCUCUCGGGGGGGAACAGAGGAAGGGGAAAGGACGAGUUGCAGCUUUUGGAAAACAUAGUAAGCCAAUUGCGUGAGAUCCGAGAAAUGACAGGAUAUGAGAAGGCUGAGCGCCAGGCUUCUCUGCCACCUCCAUCCUCAAAGGUGAGUGCCAAGAAGAGGCGCUGGCGAAGUGUAUCUUUAGGAGUCAACCGAAGCACCUAAGGAUGUGAACACUUCUAUGCUUGUGCAUACUAGCUUAUGAAUACGCCAUCCAAGCGACUUCAUCUCCUGAUCCAGGACAUAAAUGGGUAUCAGUUUGAUCUUUGAUGAUGCCGAUGGUUGUUUUUCCAUGUAACCAGUGGAUUAUAUAGGAUGUCGCAUGAUUUUGGUAAUACGAAUAAGUCAGGCUCAUGUACAUAUGCCCUUGGUCUUUCUGAUGAGAUGGUAAGACUGGUUAGUUCGGAAAAAUGAGACUCCUGAUCCUCUACUAAUAUUGCACCAAGUGAUUUUCUAAGGUGCGUUAUCGUUCAAUCAUUAUCAACUAAGGAAGCCUAUGAAAAAAUGUCAAUACUUUCC